CGCAGAAUGAACGGGGAUAGCAUUUGAUCAAUAUCUAUGACUAUAUGCAUAUCAGUUUUGGCUACAUACGCCUGGCGACCAGGUGAGUGGGGUUUCCUUCAACGAAUGACGGUGGGACGUAGAUGUAAGCCAGUUAGAUGUGAAGUGCGACACGAGAGUCUUUCCUUGCCCGAGUUCCCAUCUCCUAUAUGGCUGCAAAAUUCUCCUGCAUACAUUCUCGUCAAAUUAUCGAACUCUUGUUGAAAUCAUUUCAAAUGAACGUGUCGUUGACGGCGUCGUACACUUUCACCGAUUACUGCGCGGAUCAAAAUGUGAUCGUGGACAUGGUGAUGCCGCCAGGAGGGGAAAUAACGCUGUUCAACCUGUGUAUCUCGAAGCUCAGGACGUCAGACUCUCCACAAUUCUGAUAAGACAAUUCUAUCUCGGCCUUUAGAUGAGAUGUUUAUGAAGGAGGACGAAAGGCUGUGGGAGUUGGAUAUGAAAACAAGGAUGUGGUGGAACAAGAUGAUGGGAAUCACGGGAGGAGUAAGGACACAUCAGCUGCGAUGUAAGAGGUAGCGUAGUAAUUGUCAUCUAUGCACCACGGAAAACAGUGAUGUGAGGAGGUCCUCGUCCUUGAAUCUCCACUAGAUAGAGAAGAGCGCUGGAAUCAGGCGAGGCCGUCGU